ACAGUCGUUCGUCUGUGAAACUGAUUGUUAUCAAACUGGAUAUGUAAAUAGUCAUAUAAAAAGUUAAAAUAUAGAAACGAACGACCGAUAGCCCGCGGACGGUUGUUUUUAAAUAUCUAUAAAUUUUUUUAGUUUGUUUUGAUUUGUCUUUUCUGAAAUGAAAUAGAACAUUUAAAUUCACAAAAUUUUCUAAAUUUAUUUGAAAAAAAAAUAUUUGAUUGAUAAUUCGAAUUAUCUUAACAAAUUAGUGAACAUGAACUAACACUUUCGAUUGGAUUUACGUAUUACAGUAUUACAAAAGGACAUUAAUAUUGGAGAUCCAUUUGAGAAGAUAAAAGGAAAUACUCCACAUUAUAGCACAAAAAGACGAACUUGUUACUCGGUGAAUCAUUGCAAAAUGAUAUAACAUAAACGGAGGAAGGGAUCUAUAUGACAAACGGAUAUGUAUUUGGACCUUAUAAUUCUAUCUUUUCUGACUUCUGUCUCGGGUCUUCCAUUCGGAAGAGAUUGGAGUAACCUCGGAAUAAAAUCUACAGAGAAAGUUUCGGUGAAGCUGAAAACAAAAGACAAUUUUCGUUUUAAGAGAAGUGUUAAUAGUCAUCCUAAACAACUAACAUUCCAAUACACAUCCAAAUCUCUUGGCGACGUGUCGAUUGAAUUAGAGAAAAAUAAUAUUCAGAAAAUACCGCCAGUAUUAUUGUACGAUGGGAAUAACCUUAAAAAUAAGACAGAUAUAAACAUAGGGGAUUUUGCGUUAUACUACAAUACAGAAAACAAAGCCUCAGCACUAGUCAAGUUUUAUAGUGACGACUUAUCCAAUUAUCAUAUUCAUGCCACAUACAUAAUAGGCUCAUCAUGGUUUACACUGGAGCCAUCAGAAACAACCGGAUCUCGGACCAAGAGACAAGUCGUCGUAUCACCACAAAUUUCAUCCGAAAAGACAACGGCCCAUCCUGCUCUUGACAGGGAAUAUUUAGUCUAUGAAACGCUUUUCGCAGAGGGGCAAACAUUCUUCAAUGAUACUUUCGUCUUAAAAGAGAAUUCAGGCCUUACUACAGACCCACAAUUAACAACAGAAAGAAUCACAGAAUCAAAUUCAACGACCAACUCAGUACCCGUAUUUAAUUUCCGUGAUAAUGGAAAGAGAUCAAAUCCAAUCAAAGAAGGAAAAAAACGUACAAAAAGGCAGAUUCCAUUACUAUACGUGGAGUAUUUAGUCUGUAUUGAUUAUGCGAACUAUGUCAUUUGGAAAGAAAUGUCUACAGCAACAGAUGACGCUCAAAAGCAUGCAGACGCAGAAAAUAUGAUUAUACAAUUUUACUUGUUCGUUACCAACGGGAUAAAUACAAGAUAUGAAUCAUUAAUGACACCGGAAGGAGACGUCAAGGUCAUAUUGGCAGGGUUUGUUAUCGCUACGAAUAUUGAAGCCUCACGAUGGACAGAAGACAAUGUCAUCAGUUCGAAUGUAGUUAAUGAUGGAAAUACAUUACUGACAUUUUCACAAUGGAUAAAUGCCAACAGAAACACUGGUGCCAUACCACCUCACGAUCAUGCUGCACUGUUUACUGGAUAUGAUUUGGCAGAGAAAAUAACAGAUAAAAGGACAAUAGGGAUAGCUUACCUUUCAAGAGUGUGUAACUCGUAUGCAUCAUCUGUCAACGAAGAAACAUUCAACGCCAUGAUUAUACACAUCGCUGCACACGAACUAGCACACAACCUAGGGGCAUCUCAUGACAGCUAUCAUUCCAAUGGAUGUUCAGCAGAGUUUGGAUAUGUAAUGUCUCCUUCACUCCCAAAUAGUGAAUAUAGCUCAGCCACCUCAGCAUCCAGAAAUUUCAUAUUUUCCUCAUGUUCAAGGGCAGCGAUUGGAGCAUACAUAGCAGGUUUAGAAACAAACUGUUUGGAAAAUUCUCCCAUGGAUGGAUUGGUAGAUUUGACACUUGCUGCAUUCAACCCAGGUGAAACGGUAUACGGUGUUGAUGAUCAGUGUAGACUUACAUAUGCCCCAAAUGGUGGGUCAGCAAUGUGCAGGGAAAACUAUCCUUUAACAACAAUGAAAUGGGCCAGUGUAUGUUACAGAUUACAGUGCAGAAAUCCUGCAAAUCUGAAUGGACCAUGCUCAAGUCAAUUCGCACAUGACGGCACAGCUUGUGGAAACUAUAAGUGGUGUCAACAAGGACAAUGUGUUAGCUCUGUAGACGCGCCCAAUGUCCCAGAUAUUUGUCCUUUUGGAGAUGACCCCCUGUUCAAUUGUGACAUAAACCAAUGCAGCCAGUAUGGUCAACAGAUCCGUUCUGGGAAAUGCUGCUAUACGUGCCUGGUUCCAAAGACGACCACUUCAACAAGUACCAGCACGACCACGACGACGCCAUCAACUACAAUAACCACGCCCACUACAACAACUACUACGCCUACUACUACAACGACCACGCUCACCACAACAACACCUACAACCACGCCCACCACUACACCUACUCCCACAAUGAUGACAACAACAAUGCAAUCUACAACAACAAGAGUAAUAAAAACAACCCGUCAAACAUCAAUGAAUACACCAGUGACAACUGAUAAACCGUUUUCCCAAAGUUUCGAUGAACUUGCGGAUCAUGACUUGAAAACGGCAAUGGCUUUAUUUGUACAUUUAGUUGCUGUGUUAUAGAUGCAGUUUUGCAAAAUAUUUUAACAGUCAGUGUCUUUGUUAAAGACGAUACUUUUCAUAAAGAAUGAAUCCAAUAUGCACAUCUUUUUUGAAAACACUGCUUGAUGUGACAUUUUAGGAACUAUUGCAAUCCGAAAACAUUUUCAAAAAUCAAAGUGGUGGGAUUGGUGAAAAACUUUCUAGCAAAGGGAAUUCAACCUACGACAUUGCAAAAUCAUCUUUUUGGUUUCAAACAUGUAUUAGAAACUCGAUUUAUGAUGAACUUUAGUUUUUUAAUUAUCUUUAUGCGUAUUUAUUGUUAGAAGUAAUGUUGUAAAUGUCCUAUUGUUUUUUUCUCAAAUAAAUGAGUACUUCCGUG